AUGAUUCUAUCUUUACUUUCUUCAAUCACUUCAAAUCCAACCAUCACCACUCUUUCAGACUUAUCAUCAACCAAUCCCGAUCUUUCUUUCCAAGCCAUCGCUUUACUCACCUUUGAAGCCGUGUUAGAAGUGGUUAUAAUAUGUUUUGCUGGUUUCAUCUCUGCUAAAACUGGGUUAUUAAAUUCUUCAGGUCAAAAAGUUUUAAGUCAAUUAAAUGUUGAUCUCUUUACUCCAUGUUUAGUAUUUAUUAAAUUAGCUCCUUCAUUAAAUUUCCAAAAAAUGAUUGAUAUCAUCAUUAUUCCCAUCUUUUAUGCUAUAAGUACCGGUAUUAGUUUUAUUUGUUCAAAAUUAGUUUCAAAAUAUUUUCAAUUAAAUGAACCUGAAUCUGAUUUCGUAACUGCCAUGGCAGUAUUUGGUAAUUCAAAUAGUUUACCCGUAAGUUUAACUUUAUCAUUAGCUUUUACUUUACCAGAUUUAUUAUGGGAAGAUAUUGAUAAUGAUAAUAAUGAUCAAGUGGCUUCAAGAGGUAUUCUUUAUUUAUUAAUUUUUCAACAAUUGGGACAAAUUUUAAGAUGGUCUUGGGGUUUCAAUAAAUUAUUAAGAAAAAGAUCAAUGGAAGAAUUAAAUACUUAUUAUAAUAAAGAUGGAACUUUACAAAUUAUAACUACAAGAUUACAAAGUAGUAAUAGUAGUAAUUCAUCUCAAGAUGAUGAUGAUGAAAGAUCAGCUAUGUUAUUAGAAGGUGAUGUGGUUACUAGAUAUACUGAUGAUGUGGAAAAUCAAUCUUCAUCAACUACUCCAAUUAUAACUGUUAGUGACGAAUCGGAAGAUGAUGAUUCUCAACCAUUAACUAUUAAUUCAUCAAAUUCAUCAAAUCCUCAUCCAACAAGUACUCCUACUGAACCAAAACAAUUCAUUAUAAUUCAAUUCUUUAAAUCCAUUUAUCAAUCAUCCAUUGUUCAAAACUUUUUAAAAUUCAUGAAUCCUCCCUUAUAUGCCAUGAUAAUUUCAAUCAUUGUUGCAUCAAUACCAUUUUUACAAAAUAUAUUCUUUGUAGAUCAAGAUUCAUUCGUUCAUAAUACCAUCACAAAUUCCAUAACUCAAUUAGGUUCAGUUUCAAUCCCUCUUAUUUUAAUUGUAUUAGGAUCAAACUUAUAUCCUCAAAGAGAUAUCCCCCCUGCAUCCAAACAUUAUAAACGAAUUGUAUUUGGAUCAUUAUUAUCAAGAAUGAUCUUACCUUCGAUUAUUUUAUUACCUAUCAUUGCAACUUGUGUCAAAUUCUUAAAGAUUUCAAUCUUGGAUGAUCCAAUUUUCUUAAUUGUAGCAUUCAUAUUGACGAUUUCACCUCCUGCCAUUCAAUUAUCUCAAAUUAGUCAAUUGAAUAAUAUUUAUCAAAAGGAAAUGGCAGGGGUCUUAUUCUGGGGAUAUGUGAUAUUAACUUUCCCAACUACUAUUUUUAUAGUGGUUACUAGUUUGGAAGUUUUAAAAUGGGCCAAAUAA